AUCACAUCAUCUCCAUUCAUCCCAACUGUACAUUUAUCCAUUGAGAGCCGCAGUCAUAUCGAGUCCCCAACUCCCACUCCUCUCGUUCUUCACUACUCUGACACGUCCACAGCCAUGUAUCCAUCUCAAACACCGCGGACUCAGCGCAUCACCAAGUGGCUCUCGGCGAGGGACGCCGUCCUGGGAAGCCGUGACACCACUCCCACCCCAUCUUCUACGGCGGACAAGCUCGCCAUGCUCAUCAUGGAUGCUCUACUAGUCAUCUCCGACCUUGCCGCCUGCUCCUUCCUUGACAUUGCACGAAGCAUUCCGAGGGGCGUCAUGUUCGCCAAGACCCGAGCGCCCUUCAUGUGUUGGUACAACGCCGGUCACUAUCGAUCUCACACUUUACUCUCACACCUCCGAGCGCGGGGGCACCCCUUGUCGCUCAGCCAGGCGGAAGCGCUGCUCGAGUUGGCCGGCCCCGAAGACUUUCUCCGCGUGUGGUUAACCAAAGAUGAUGUCCGGGUGGGUUUAGACAAGGACGAGGAGGACAAACACCACGGGUACGACGGGUACCAUGACGGCUGUGAGGACGACGAGGAAGACGAGGGUGAUGAGUGUGAUGAGUGUGAUGAGUGUGACGAGUGUGGCGAAUACGCUGAGGAUAUUGAAGCCUAUGUGGACGACGAGGGCGAUGAAGACGACGAGGGCGAUGAAGACGACGAGGGCGAUGAAGACGACGAGAGUGACGAGAACGACGAGAGCCACGCGGACGUCGAGAAUGACCGAAUGAAGUAUGUCGACACAGUGCAAGUGCUUAGCGGGCUCUUCGCCCCGGAGAUCUGGGAAAACAAUCACGCACGUCUCGCCGUCAUGCUCAUUCUUGAGACCGUCCUGUUCCACGGCGGAAUCAAUGAGGUGAUGUGGACAAUGAGGCAGGUGUUGAAGAGAAUUGACCUCUCGGACGAGCAAAUCCAGACAAUUCAGUACAGGUUCGAGGAUGAGCGGGAGUGAACAACGCGCGAGGCUGUGUUAGUAUCAUGUAUGCACCGUU